AUGAAAGUGGGUCUUCUUGAGCUCUCCUUGGGAAAAUUCAGAAAUGUGCUACUUAACCAGACCAAUCCAGUGGAAGCUGUAAUCAGAAACGUUGCAAGCAAUGUGACUGUUGUUAUUUUUCAAGUACAUGCCCAGAAAAGCGAUGUGGUGAUAUCCUUUGAUAAGAAUCCAUCUGUGAACAGCUCAGGAACAGGAGUAGACAAAGGACUGGUUUCCAUUCUUCGGCCUCAACAGAGUGUAUGUACGUGGUACCUUCGGGCACUGGAUGCUAGCCAAGUGCUCAGCACAGCUAUCUCUAUUCCCUAUAUGGAGAAAGAUCCUAUUCCUGGAGGCUGCAAUCUAGAAUUUGACUUGGAAGUGGAUCCAAAUAUUUACCUAGACUAUACAUUGGUUGAUAUACACAUCAAGUUUGCCCCUGCAAACUUGGGAUAUACCAGAGGAGCAAACCCACCAUCCUGCGAUUCAGCGACUGAUCAGAACUCCAGAUGGCGACUGCGCUAUGAUGUCUACCAGUACUUCUUACCAGAGAACGAUCUUUCUGAGAUGGUACUCAUGAGCCACAUACGGAAGAUGUCUGAGGUGCAAAGUAUCAAAGCUAAUGGCAUUAAAAUGCUUACGCUGACAACUGAUGACAAGACCAAUGUCUACUUUUCUUCGCUUCCUGGACAAGGUGUGAUCUACAACGUGAUUGUAUGGGAUCCUCUUUGGAAUACAUCUGCUGCAUACAUACCUGUGCAUACAUAUGCCUGCAGCUUUGCUGACCUGGUGGAUAACUGCUCUUCUCUCAGCAGACUCUCUACCAAAGUAUUCUUCACAGCUGUUGCUAUUCUUGGUCUCUUCGCUUGCUUUUUUGGACACAGAUUCUGGAAAACAGACUUAUUCUUCAUGGGCUUCAUAUUUGCAGGAUUCUUCUUCUUUGUAUUCAUUACAAGGGUAACUGGCCUUAGUUAUGAUGUGCGUCUUAUUUUGACAGCAGUAGCUGGACUUACUGGAGGGCUUUUCCUGGUUGCAAGCUGGUGGAGAUUUGGCUCUGUCCUACUCUGUAUGUUCGUUAUUGGACUUGUACUGGGAUUUCUCUUUUCAUCUACAGUCUUCUUUACUCCACUAGGGGACUACAGAGUCUUCCGUGAUGAUGUUGUGUUCUGGGUGACCUUUUCUUCUGUAGCCUUGAUGAUUCCAGUGCUUUUUGUUGGCUGUCCAAGAAUUCUGAACAUACUGGCCUCUGGAAUAGUAGGCUCUUACUCAGUGGUCCUAGCUAUUGCUUGUUAUGUCUACACAAGUCUUGCUUACAUCACCUUAGACUUACUCAGAAGGGUCCUCAAUGAUUACUUCAACAGAGCUUACACCAAUGUGCCUUUUCAAACAAAUGACUUCAUUAUCCUGUCAGUGUGGGCAAUGCUGGCCCUCAGUGGAGUAACUGUGCAGCUUCGCCGAGAGAGAAGUGAAGUGCCCUUCCCGCCACACCCUUAUCUUACCUGGAAGCGAGAAAGGGAGCGCAGAAGCACCAAUGUCUUAGACCCUAGCCAUCAUAUCCCUCCCCUAAGAGAGAGGAUCCAUAGCAAGAUACACCAUAUCAAAGAAUUUUUUCAGAAAGAGCAGCCGGCUGGGGAAAGAACUCCGUUGCUUCUGUAA